AUGAAGCGCCGGCUGCGCCUGUACACGCCGGGAAGCAAGCAAAUCAAGCCCAACCACAACCUCAAUCGGUGUCCGUCGUGCGGAAAGUACAAAAGAUCGCAUUUCCUGUGCAUGUCUUGCUUUUUCGAGAUCAAACAGCUGUGGAGCGAGCAGGCCGAAAAACCACCGGUCUACGAGGAGGAGUUUGCCAAUCCUGCCGACGAGCGCGUGCUGUAUCCAAAGACGUACGAGCGGCCGCACGUCAAGAAGCUGCGGCUGAAGGAGUACGUGGAGAAACGUCCAAAGCCGCUGCCUGUUGAGAAAUAA